AUGUCUUUCCAAUAUGAUUACAACCAACAGCAGGGCUCCGCCUCCCCGACGGCCGGUGCCUCCGCCGGCGCUCCGACGACCGGCCAGCCCGCUUCCCAGCAACCCACUGCUUCUCCGGCGCCUUAUCCUAAUAACUCUGCAACCGGAUCCUCUAAUGGGGCACCAUCUACUGAUGCCAAGACAACUUUGUGGAUGGGUGAGCUGGAGCCUUGGAUCGAUGAGGCAUUUGUCCGCAACAUUUGGUUCCAGAUGGGCGAGCCUGUCAAUGUCAAGAUGAUUCGUGACAAGUUCUCCGGAAACGCUGGUUACUGCUUUGUUGAUUUCAAUAGUCCUGCUGCAGCAGCUAAAGCCUUGACGCUCAACGGCAAUGCCAUUCCCGGAAGUGCCCGUCCCUUCAAAUUGAAUUGGGCUUCUGGUGGGGGAUUGGCUGAUCGACGCGAUGAUCGUGGUCCCGAAUUCUCCAUCUUUGUGGGCGAUCUUGGGCCGGAAGUUAAUGAAUAUGUUCUUGUCUCUCUUUUCCAAUCCAGGUUUCCGUCUUGCAAGUCUGCCAAGAUAAUGACUGAUCCUGUGAGCGGUAUGUCGCGUGGAUACGGAUUUGUUCGCUUUUCUGAGGAAUUGGAUCAGCAACGUGCCUUGUCUGAAAUGCAAGGUGUUUACUGCGGAAACCGACCCAUGCGCAUCUCAACCGCCACCCCCAAGAAUAAGAGCGCCGCCACUGGUCAAGCAAUGCCUGGCGGUGCCGCACCUGUGGGAAUGUACUCAAUGGGCGCCCCCCCUAUGGGCUAUUAUGGUGCACCUCAGCCCAUGAAUCAGUUUACUGAUCCCAAUAACACUACCGUAUUUGUCGGAGGACUAUCAGGCUAUGUAACUGAAGAUGAACUUCGCUCAUUCUUCCAAGGAUUUGGGGAAAUUACCUAUGUUAAAAUUCCACCUGGAAAAGGUUGCGGGUUUGUGCAGUUCGUCCAAAGACACGCGGCGGAGAUGGCAAUCAAUCAAAUGCAGGGCUAUCCUAUCGGGAAUUCAAGGGUCAGGUUGAGCUGGGGCCGCAGUCAAAACAAUUCUGGUCCCGCCGGAACACCUUACAGACCUGCUCCUCCGCCCCCGGUCUACCCGUCAAUGGGACUUCCUCCCCAGCACCAUUACGCGAAUUUCGCUCCACUAAAUCCUCAUGCUGCUCAUAUGCACCCACCUCCUCAACCAGGUCAAAUGCCACCUCCUGGCCCCCCUGGUGCUCUUCCUGGUCAGAAUGACCCCACGGAACCCCUCGACAUCCAACGAAUGAAUACGAUGUACCUUGCAGCCAAGGACGGUAGAAUGGACCGCCUUGAAGCUGACUCGCGUGGCUACCACUCCGUCUACGCUGCUUAA